AUGUUUGUUAUAUUCAUCAACUGCGUCACAUUAGCGAUGUAUAAUCCGCUGGAUAAGGACUGCAGAUCUACUCGGUGCCAAGUUCUGGAAAAAGUGGAAAUCGUGAUAUUUUCUUUCUUUUCGGCUGAGAUGAUAAUAAAGAUGAUAGCGAUGGGUGUUACUGGCAAGAAAGGUUACUUGCAGGACAAAUGGAAUCGCCUGGACUGCUUCAUUGUGAUCAUUGGGUAAGGGCCUAGUAGCGAGAGUGAGGAAAGGCUUGAUCACGUGAAAUAUAUACGACGCGGGGGCCUAAUGACUAGCGCUCAGGACUCUGGGUCGAGAGGGCUUGGUUCGAGGCCUAGCCUGGUCGAUGAUUUGUGUGCUUGGACAAAAUAGUUUAUUCUCACAGUACCUCUCUCUACCCAGGAGUAUGAAUGGAUAGCGGUGAAUUGUCGGGGAAACCUACUGACAUGCAGGUGUUACCUUGCAUCUUACGUCUCAUCCAGCGGGGAGUUGUGAUACUCCUGGUCGGGAUAAGGUCCGGCUGGGUUGGCCACUUGGCUAAAGAACAGACUCAACCCUGACAUGGGAUACAUUUAAAAUACGAAAACGUGAUUUUCUUGAGCCUGUUUUCGUGUGCGUUCUCAUUCUAUCAGAUUUAAUAAUCUCGAUCAUUAAACUCAACCAUGACAAUCUAUGCUCUUUUCUUCAGGGUGAUCGAGAAAGCCGUCCGAGUCAAUGGGAAUUAUCUUACAAUUAUUCGAGCCUUUAGAGUUCUGAGACCUCUUCGAGCUAUCAACAAAGUUCCAAGUAUGUGAAACAUAUUAAAGUGAAAGAAGUUUUCCAUUGAUCAGUAGAUAAACAGAUAAAUAAAUAAAUAAAUAAGCGAUCUUCAUCUAAUAUUUUAUCAGUUUGAUGAUGUCAGUUCAUUACUGAACCUUUAAAAAAAAUGUUACCUAAUGGACGAGGCUUGAGCGAGAACGUUUUUUCAAGGAGUCUCUUUAUAAACAUACCAUGACAGCUUAAAAAGUAUUUUCUAUUUUGCAGGUAUCCGGAUCUUGGUGACUCUCCUUCUUGAUACUCUUCCAAUGCUGGGGAAUGUUCUUCUGUUGUCCUUUCUAAUUUUUUUUGUGUUCGGGAUCAUUGGAGUGCAGUUAUGGCAGGGAAAACUGAGAAACAGAUGCUUCACUAAAUUGCCUGAGAAUUCAACUUUUUUUACGAGGUAAGCUGCUUCGUUUCUAUCGUAGCCUGGGCCGUAGACUUUUCCAGAUCCGUUAAAAAAUGCAAUUUUAAAAAUUUAGCGUCACAUUUUGUAGCACUUCCGUAAAGAUACCGGCCUUCAGAUUAGAAAUGCUGAUUAGUAAUGCGAGUAACGACCACAGGGAACCCAUGCAGAUGGUAUUCAUUUCAGUUUACAAUCGGAAUGCAAAGAAAUCAGGAUCUGAUUGAAUGCAAAGCCACAAACAACUUACUGAAUCUAUCAUCUUUUCAGAUUUAAUCAGUCGCAAUUUUACCAACCAUCGUUCAGUAAUCCAGAUUUCGUCUGCGCCACUCCAGAAGAUGACGGAACCCGUUUGUGUUCUGAUAUACCAAAAGAAGAACGUGUGUCCACGGAAUGCCCUAAUUCGUUUGGGAACUUCUCAGCUGCGAAUAAUUCAGUCCCUUUCAACUGGAAUCAGUGUUACAGCGUCUGUAAACCGAGCGAUCAAAAUCCAUUCUAUAACACAACAUCGUUUGAUAAUAUCGGUAUUGCAUGGAUCGCCAUAUUUCAGGUAAAAAGGAUCUACCAAAACGACAUACAUUGAAAUUGAGUCAUUUUUCCGAGCGAAUUAACGUAUUCAAAUCGAGCGGCUCAAGUCGUGAUUGAAGGUGAUGGAAAUAUUUGACAUAACCCCGAAUUAUAACAGUGGCCAAUAGUGCACAGGGGAGCCAUAUAUUUGAAGCAGCCUAUAUAAUUAAAAAUAAUCGUUGAAACCGGCCUAAAGUGUGCGAAAGGGUGGGCAACGAGGGCGUGAUUGUUCCUUGUUUAAUAUCUGCUUGGUGUGGUUUCUUAUUGCCCUAUACUCACCGAGGUUGGAUGCAUCAUUUAAGGUAUACAACUUGAUUUGAUGUCAACAGGUGAUCACUUUGGAGGGAUGGUCAGAUAUCAUGUAUUUUGUCCAAGAUGCUCACAGCUUUUGGAACUGGAUCUAUUUUGUUGUCCUCAUAGUGGUAAGAGAAAGAUUGUUACGAAAAUAUCAGACUUGGAUAAUCAUGCUUUCCUAUUUUAUUCCUUCUUGUCUCUCACCAACUACCCUCGCUCUCCCUUCUCUCUCCCUUCUCUCCAUCUUUGUCUUCAUCCCGGUCUUUCUCUUACCCUGCCUGCUUCCCUCAGUCUCCAUAUAUUUCCGCUCUUCCCUUUCAACUUCCUUUACUCCAUACGAUAUAUUAGGUGAUGAAGCAAACGAAAGGCACAGUUCACGGACCUAGUUAAUGCAUUUUUGUUAUUCUCCUCAUUUACAGAUGGGCUCAUUCUUCCUUGUUAACUUGUGCCUGGUCGUGAUCACCAUGCAGUUCCAAGAAACCAAAGCACGUGAGAUAGAACUGAUGGAAAACAGCAAAGGCGAGCUACCACUUGAGCCAACAAAGCUGCUAAAAACCUUAAUAAAGUAUAUACAAUCUUUUUGCAGUUUCAAACCGCAGGAAAAAGAAGAGGUCCAUCACCAUCAUCACCACUAUUUUCAUCAUCAUCAUUUCCACCAUCAUUUGUACAAUUGCUUUGUUCCGGCCUCUCCAGUUGUUUGCACCGAUCACGAGGCCGCGUCAGGUGAUACCAGCUUUUUCCCUUAUGGGACCAGCCUUCCAAAAAUUCAGGUUGAGGGGAGAGAAACGAUCUGUUCUCACUCUAGUGUCGAAGAAUCUCCGGUAUUCCAAGAUUUCCUUGCACCACCUUUAACUAGACAAUCUUCCAGAAGAAGUUCCAGAACCUCUAUCUGUUCGCAUACACUUUCAAUUCACGCUGAAACGUCCUCAGCUGUUUCCAUCGAUGAAAUUGUGACACAAGCGAAGACGAGCGUAACGUUAAAUAUUCCUUCAUCACCAACAGCAACUUUCUUCGCGCUCUCGUCAGGCAACAGUGCAAGCAGGAAAAAUUCAACUCAAUCUAGAAAAAGUGAAUUUUCCGCGUCCACGCUGGUGUCAGCAGAAAUUAAUCCACAUCAUGCGCGCACAAGUACACCAGAGGGUGAAGACGUUUCUUCAAAGGCAUACAAAGAAGCCACCAAAUCUUCACUUCAGCAGAAAGAUGAAGAGCUCUUUAAAUAUCGUCGAUUUAGCCAGCCUGCACAUGCCAAGUUAGCUCGCACCCCAUCAUCCAAACGUUUGGACACCAGAGAACCUGAUUAUUACAGAGAGAAUGAAGCAAACUCGGAAAUUGUAAAAUUUGAUGCUAAGUCUUCGUUAGAAAGCGACUUAGAGAAAAGCGACGCGAACAAGGACCCAACAUCAAAGGAUUUGGUUAAGGUCGGGCAAGUCGAUGAUUGCCAAAUCGGUGAUGCAGUAAAUACAACUCUCAAAAGACCUUCAUUACAACGCCGUAAUAUUUCUGCACAGAAUGAAGAUGACAUGUUCGAAAGCCUGUUUAACUUAGGAAAAAGUGCGACUUAUGAUGUGACAGGAAACCGUAGUGCAUGGCAAAGGCUAAGAACCUUCUGUAGAAAUAUAAUCGAGAGUAAACAGUUUAAUUUUUUUAUCAUGGGCGCCAUUUUGUUGAACAUGAUUUGUAUGGGCCUUGAGCAUUACCAGCAGGUAAGAGUUAAGAAGUCAAAAUCUGUUCGAAUAGAGGGUCAAGAGAGAUUAGUUUACAUGAUUUUCUUUAUAGCUGACAUUGCUUAGUGAAACUCACAUAUAACUUCUCUCGUUAUAUCUUACAGCCUGAAGGACUAACCCUUGCCCUAGAGACCAUAAACAUCAUUUUUGUAUCCAUUUUUGGAAUGGAAGUGGUUAUUAAGUUGCUUGGUUAUGGUUUGACCACAUAUCUUAGCGAGGGUCAGAAUGUGUUUGAUGGACUCAUCGUUAUCGUUAGGUACACGAAGUUACAUAAAAAUAGAACAAAACUGUGUCUUCUUCGUUAAAUAUAUCCACGAUCUCUUUAUCGUAUCAGAACUGGGGCAAUUCUGACAAUAUAAAAAUCUUUAAGUUUUACUUUUACUGAUAAUUUUGCAGUGUCUGUGAAAUCCUACUCACCAAGAAAGAUUCCUCCCUUUCAAUAUUCCGAAGUAUACGGUUACUCCGGAUCUUCAAGCUCGUCAGACCAGUUCGAUACCAAUUGCUGGUUGUCGUCAAAACUAUGACGAGUGUAAUGACGUUUUUCGGAUUACUGUUUCUCUUCAUAUUCGCAUUUGCUAUCCUUGGGAUGAACUUGUUCGGUGGAAAGUUCAUAUUCAAGAACGCCGAGGGAAAGGAAGUAACCUCCCGAAGUAAUUUUGACAACUUUUUGUGGGCUAUGGUAUCCGUGUUUCAGGUACGUUUAGUCUUUAUGUAAAAAAAAAAAAUUCAUUCGCAGGAUAAAAAAUAUUACUAUCAGUUGAUUAGGUUUAUUAAAGGCUUUUGUUAAAGACAACGGAGUUUAUGUUCUGAAAGGCGUUGUUGUCAUUGUUGUUGUUUACUCGCCCAGGAUUCUUAGAUACAUGAAAAACUGAAUUUUCUCUUGAAACAGAUCCUUACUCAAGAGAACUGGAAUCUCGUAAUGAAUGACGGGAUGCGUGCCACGAGCCAAUGGGCAGCCUUGUAUUUCAUCGCACUGAUGGCUAUCGGGUACUAUGUAUUAUUUAACCUACUGGUCGCUAUCCUCGUGGAAGGAUUCACAAAUCCUGGGGUAAAUUAGUGGAACUGAGUUUAUUUUUUAGGAUAUUAACAGUAGCAGUUAAAGUUAACAAUGGCAUUUUUGACAGCUUCAUCACACAGGAUUAGAUAGCGACAGAUGUCUAGAUUUACAAUAUUUCUCGCUCUGAACAUUGCUGCUCAUAACAGCAAGCUAACCAACGAAUCCUGUUAAGCUCUGGCGGCGCAUUCGACUCCAUAAUCGGUAGAUCUUGGGCAAUCGUUUCUUUUGAAGGGCCCCAGGAUAGAGUGCUUUAUUCCAUUCUUCAAUACAUUUGUUUUCAACGCAUCCAUCGAAACACAAGUAAAUUUUACUUGACUCAUUAGCUUGACUCAAUGCAUUUUCCUCCAGAAAGGUAAAACUACUCCAAAGAACAAACAAGAAGUAUCAGACAACAAAGAUACACCCAAAACAGCCGUUAAAGAAGUUGAAAAGCCUCACAUUUUGAUCUCUAGUAAAGAUUCUGAGGAACCUUGCCCCGGACAUUAUCACCAGGAACCAAUUCCAGAAUUCUGCAGUCAUGGCUUGAGAAAUGCUUUGGGGACGACAUUUCAACUGAGUUCGAACUACACACCGAGCCUCACGUUAGAAACGUUGGAGCCAUUACAGGAGAAGAGAUCCCCAACUGCUUCGCAGCCAACGGAAGCGAACAUGACCAUGCCACAAUUAAAGCGUAUGCGUCAGGCGUCAGCGUCAAUUAUACGAAAAACUGAGCAAAAAGCUCAUAGGGCGAACUGGAGUUAUGACGAACCCAACUUCUCGGCGCAAAAUAGAGGCUUCCUUAGUGAAGAUAGUGAAACCAGAGGCAAAUUAAAUCUUGAGGUCUCUGAAAGAGAGAUGAGCAACAAAGCUUGUGGUAAAACACUCGAAGAAAUUGUCUCUCCGACCAUAGCAAACAGUAUGUCGUUUCCUAAUCAAUUGGAAGGACCAACAACGUCUCGAUCUCGACCUGAGUCACCCCAGAUGAUCUUUCAAAACAAAAGCAGCGAUGAGAUGUACCAACUGCGGGAAUGUCAUCUUUCCGAAACUCAGGUACUACCAAGCGAUCUUUCUGGAGUUUGAAGUUAGCCAUAUAUUAAGAAACCACGUCUUUGCAUUUUGGCCUUGAAAAUGUUGUUUGGGACGUGAAAGAGAUUGGAAAGUCACUAUCAGAAAACCUUGACCAGAUCAGUUAUAACUCAAUGUCAACUCUAUCGAACUCCUUUACUUGAUCAUGUUUUAUUGGCAUGAAAAUGAGUAUGUUAUUUGCACACUGUCGAUGAUAAACAUUUUAGGGGCAGUCCAUUUCGUAUGUGUUUAACCUUAAAUUAUCUUUCUCUUGGUAGAAGAAGAGUUCAAGGAAAGUUAUCAAGAUAACAGACAAAAGAUCUGACUGGUCUCUUUUUCUAUUCUCCCCCUCAAAUAGGUAAGCUGCUUUUUCACUUAUUGGCUUUGAUUUCUCCAAUUCGACGUGGUAUUUCUAUAAAACGUUUUAAAGUACAUCGGGAAAAGCAGACAUAGUUUGAUGCUACUCUGGUUUAAAGAUUUAAUGUAUGUAACCGUGGUGUUACAAUUCAUAAGGUCUAUGAAUUGUAACUUUACGGUUAUAUUGAUUAAACCUUUAAACCAGAGAAGCAUCAAACCAUGUCUGACUGUCCACCUGGUUGCCUUGUAAACUUUAUCAUAUCUUACCGGGAAACAAUUCUAAGAAAAGGCCCUAUCGCGAACGCUUUCAAGCCGCAAACGGAAUACAGACUUGCGUAUGAAUUAAAGAUUAAGCUGACUUCGUCAACGAAUUUAAACUCCUUCGACUUCUCUGAGUUUUAUGAUUCGCCACUAGAAAGAAAUUAUUUAAAAUAAUUAUCAAAUGCCUGCAAAAACUUUCCUAAACAGAUCACACUUCUGGAUAUCUACGAUGAUCGGUUAUUUACUGCAUUAUCACUAGAUAAAGCCAUCUCUGUUUUCCUUCCUUAUCAGCUUGCGCCGCACCGUAACAGGUGUGUGUGAACACAAGUAUUUUGACUACGUAGUUCUAGUUUUUAUCUUGAUAAGCUGUGUGGUCCUGGCACUAGAGGAGCCUAACAUUCCACGAGAUAGUAAGGUAAGCUUUGGUGACUUGACUCAACAACAUUUUGUGACCAUUCUAACUUUCCACCAACAAAAUAGCAGCCGCCUUCAUACCACUUCGAGUAACAUUUAUUAAUUCCAGUGAAUAUUCAUUUGGUUCGUUAUCUUUUAAUUUAUCAAGAUUUUCAAUUUAUUUUCAGAAGCGUCAAAUAAUCGACAUCGCGAUGCUUAUAUUAACAGUCAUCUUCACCAUUGAAAUGUCAAUGAAGGUACGUUUUUUGAUUAAGAUUCAUGGUGUCAAUUGAUAUGUAAUCGAUGAUGGGUAGUCCGGCUUGAAUCGUUCGCAAAAGUUCACCCACUCACUCACUCACUCACUCACUCAUACUCGUUUUGCCCGUCAAAUUCCUUUGGGAACCGUCCAAAAUAAAGCCUGUCAAGUAAGUAAACCUGAAAAUUAUACAAUGUAAACCUGAAAAUUAUAUCGCAUAGAUCAUAGCCCAGGGCUUUCUUCUGGGGCCUGGUACUUACCUAAAGGACAGUUGGAAUAUCCUGGAUGGCAUACUUGUACUUUUCUCAUGGAUUGACGUCAUCAUUACGUACAGCCCCGCCAAUGCACCGGAAGUACUUGGAGCUCUCAAAGUCUUCCGGGCGUUAAGGACUCUGAGACCUCUGAGGUAAGUCUGUUCAUUCCAUUGGAAGGCACUUUACUCAAUAGGCAGAACGUUCAGGAAGACACGGUCUGUGAAAGGGGCCAUUUUAUAGGCCAACAGUACAUAGGAAGGUAGGGAUUUCUCUGGGUGAGGUAUGGAAAAGGGUAACGAAAACUGCAAUCCUCUUUCUUAAACGGGUGUAAUGGGAGAUUUAAGAUAAUGCCUCGGAGAAACCUCGCUUAAUCUUUUUUUUUUCCUUUAAGAGUAAAAGGUAUCUGAGGGAUGAAAUGUUUUACCGUAGGUACACAGACCUGAUUUCAAUUUUGUAUGGAAUGUUUGCUUGUCUUACACUUACUUACAAGUGGAACAUAAAAGGUUGCGGAACCCACUGCGUAUAAUCUCUGCGUAAAAUUCAUAAAUAACCCAGCUGAAAAGGGUAUCUGUUACAGCGAAAACUGCUUUGGAUACCGUGGCUGAUACACCGCGGAUGUAGAAGGUUCCUUUACAUCGCUGAUAGAACUUAGGCUUGGGAACGAAACAAAUGACAUAAGCGCGAAUAAAUUUCAUCUUCAUUGAUGACCUCUUUCCAAUAUAUCAGGAUGAUUCGCCGAGCUCCAGGGCUUAAGCUGGUCGUUCAAACUCUGUUAUUCUCCUUGAAGCCGAUUGGAAACACUGUCCUAAUAGCUGCCAUUUUCUUCGUAAUGUUUGGAAUCUUAGGAGUCCAGGUAAGAGUAGUUUUUUUUAGGAACAAAUUCUUCGUUUUCCAUAGUUUCUCGUAAUGAUAUGACUGUCGAACUUUCCUAAAAAUCUAUCUUUGGGAUACAGUUUUUCCUUUCACAUGCUCAACCAAGAUACUUUUAAGCAGUCCUUUACGAUGCGAUGUUAUUUCAUAGUAACAUUUUACACACAGGGUAGAAAGGUUAAGAGUUUAAGUGGAAUAAUAUUUUUCUUGUUUUAUUUUCUUUCUUCAGAUUUUUAAGGGAAGGUUUUAUUAUUGCGAUGGAGACAGUGAGGUGAAGAACAAGGAAGAAUGCUCGGCAAGAGGGCAAGGGGUCUGGAAAAAUCGCAUGUACAACUUUGACAACCUACUAAAUGUAAGUAUUCACUUAAAUCAUUCUUAGUUUUUCGGAAUAUCGGUUCCCCACGAGUAAAACAUUGAGAGUUGGUAAUGUUAAAUGUUGAUUGCCAAUCGUAGCAGAAUAUCAAACCGAUUAACCAUGAGAUCUUUACCUAAUCACACACGAUGCAUGGUUUUAGUCAAGUGUACAAUUUAAUAAUCUGGUGAAUAAAGUGAAACAUUUUGUUUUCAAUUGAAAGUCGUUCUAACCGUUCUCUAAUUUAUAGGCACUGAUAUCCCUUUUCGUGUUUUCCACACGGGAUGGAUGGGUAGAAAUUAUGCACCAUGGUAUCGAUGCCGUUGGAUACGACCAACAGGUGUAGUAUUUGUUAACAAGCCUGAGGCUAUCUACAGGCCUUGAGUGAUAACAUCCGAGGCGUGUAGUGCCGGUCUUAUGCAAGUCAUGCAAUUUGUCCGAUACUUACUCAUUCGUCGAGAUGGAAUGAAUAUCUGUCACCUUAAAGGAAGCUUGUCUAGUCCAAAGGCACGACAUUACGCUUCAGGAACCUAUUCCAGUUACGAAAUUAAUUCCAAAAAACCCCAAUAAUCUGUUUACUACAUGUACCCAAGGUUUAAAAUUUCAUUUUCCUAUACACAUUCUUGGCUCGGUAAACAUAGGGAGGGGGAGGUGUGUCUGAAAUUUUUUUGUUGUUCUUUAUAUUAGACGAAUUUUUCUUUUUCAGCCCAUCAAGAAUUACCGCGAAUGGAGACUAGCAUAUUUCAUUCCCUUCCUGAUGUUGGGAGGUUUUCUUGUUCUUAACAUGAUUGUGGGGGUCGUUGUGGAGAAUUUUCAGCGUUGUCGAGAAAGACUAGAGGACGAAGAAAAGCAGAGAGGACGAAGAAAAUUGCUCGAGAAGGCGAGAGAGAAGAACCAAGAAGGUAAAUUUAACUUCUUCUUUUGGUGGCCUUGACAAAUGUUAGGAGUAUUUAUCAUUUCUCUUCAAUCAACGAUCCUCCGUGUUUUAGUCUGUCCGUCUAUCCUAGUCCUGAUCCUGGGCCCUUCUUUCAUGCACCACAUUAAGUCUUUAAUUCAUGAUUCAUUCACUCACACAUUUCGUCUGUCUUUUUGUUGGUCUGUCCGUCCGUCAGUCGAUCACUGAAUCAGUCAGUCAGUCAGUCAGUCAGUCAGUUAGUCGAUCAGUCAGUCAGUAAGUGCGUCAGUCAGUCAGUCAGUUAGUCGAUCAGUCUGUCAGUCAGUGCGUCAGUCAGUUAGUCCGUCAGUCAGUCAGUCAGGCCAUCAGUCAGUCAGUCCGUCUGUCAGUCAGUCAGUUCGUCAGUCAGGCAGUUGGUCUGUCAGUCACUGAGUCAGUCAGACUGAACCCAUGCAAUUCAUCAGUGGUCAUUCAGAAACACAAGUUGUACAGUAACUGAUUUUUUUUAUUUUUCUGAAUCUUACAUCAUUUAUAGAAGUUGACCGAACAUAUUAUGAGAGUUACAGUCCUUGGCGACGUCAUAUUCAUGACAUGUGUCUUCAUCUGUACUGGGAUGUGGCCAUCGCCAUUGUGAUUUGUUUAAAUGUCCUCUGCAUGUCCCUCGAACAUUACCAGAUGUCCGAGGUGAGAAAUAUCAGGAACCUGGCUUACUUUUCCUUAUCUCUUUUCAUAUAUUUAUUAUAAUGAUCGUUCUGAACUAUAUAUCAUUCAUCAAAGAAAUCCUUUACCCUUGUUUGCAACCUGGUAGUCUUCGAUCAGACUGAAAAAACUUCCAUAUCGACUCUUAGAGAUGAAAAACGGAUGACGGUUUAAUCUUAAACUCUUGUUACUCGUCUCGCGAAGCAAGCUGAAUAGUUUUAUCUCAUGACAGUUUAGAUGACUGUGUUUAUUUCGUAUUUUCGCAUUUCAACGUCUUACACUUGCACCAAAUUUCGGCAAAAGACCACCGCUAAGGCCAGUUCUUCCUGGAGAAGAUGUUAAUGAUAUAUUUAUUAGCAUAUCCAGGUUUUGAUUUUUAUCCGAUUUGUGGGUUUGUGGAACGCUUGGGAACAUCUUUUUAUCGAUACAUGCCCGCUAUAGACCUGUAUAUUAUCGUUAAUGACAUCCCCAUAUGAUUUUCAUUUUCAGGUGUUUGACACUUUUGUGAAUACCGCAAACUAUUUUUUCGCUUCCGUGUUUGUGCUAGAGGUGAUAUUUAAAUUUAUCGCCUUUGGAUUCGUGCGAUAUUUUAAGGAUCGGUAAGUGUAGUUUCCUCGUGUGCAGGUAUCAGCCAUGUUUAAUUUUUUUGUUCCGGUUUUGUUCACUAAGAAACGGAAACCUUCAGAGGGUCUCAAUGAGUUGACGAUAAGAGAAUGUCGAUUGAUAUUCUCUUGGUUGAUGGCUUUUACGACUAACGGUUAAAAUUUUUCAAUUUUUAUGCCUAACAGUUAAACUUUUUAGCCGUCUUACAACUAACAGUGAACCAUAUUGAUAUUCUCCCCUCAUCUUUUACGACGCCAAUUUGGAAGCUUAUCUCAUGAGGGAGCACUAAACGACCAAAUCAAUUUUAGCGUAUAUGUGACGUGUUCCUUGUUUUUGAUAAACUUCACUGAUUGAAUCCGCAGGUGGAAUAUCAUUGACUUAGUUAUUGUGCUUAUUACAUUGACCGGAAUACUUAUCUAUUCCUUGAGCACCAUAAAAGCCACGGUGCCGAUCAAUCCCACUGUUGCACGAUCUCUGAGAGUACUACGAAUUAUCCGAGGUUUGUACAAGUUUUACCGAGCUUUAUCAAUUAAUUUGUCACUCAAAUGCAACAUUUCAGGGUUUUUUUUUUUACUAGAAUCACUGAAUCUACCUCUCCCUCCUAGAAGAGGUGACCUUUGAGAAUUGGACAUAAGUGAUCUCAGUCCCACUCCCAGGUUUUUUUUGGGAUUCCCAAACAGAGAAGAACAAAAAAACUUCGCGGUCGACUUUUUCCCUCUUCAGGACCCCUCUGUGAUCCUUUGCAAUGAUUUUUCUUUCACCACUUAUGCUAUGCUGAAUUUAUUAUUUGUCCCAAUCGACAAAUGCAUACACACUCCACCAAGUAACAGAUGACUCGGGAAAUGGUUUUCAAGGUUCUGAAUCAGUGGAUGUCAAAGUUCGGUUAAACUAUUUCAUGCACACAGCCCACUAGCAUCACUUAAUGUUCUGCUUUAAUUUGCCUUCAUUUCAGUGCUCAAGCUCGUAAAACUAGCAAAGGGAGUCCGCUCGCUGCUGGACACCUUGUUCGAGGCUCUUCCUCAGGUUAGCACAAAGAUUAUCAACUAUGAUUCUUAGCGUUAUGUCUGAAGACAGCCAAUUAAUCAGCACAUUUAAUUACUUCGUAAUCAUUGUACUAUGAUAAUAUUUCUGCAUUAAGACUGACCUCAUUUCAAUGACAAUGUUACCUUUCUUGUCAAGAAGUUCGUGUUCCUAUCUGCUUACGAACGUUUAGCGGAAUAAGUACGAAAUUAUUCCUUUCAUUAUUUUUCUUAUUUUCCUCCAGGUCGCAAACCUUGGGCUGUUGUUCCUGCUUUUAUUUUUUAUCUAUGCCUGUUUAGGUAUCCAACUAUUUGGAACAUUAGGUGAGGAAAUAAUUCAUCCAAAUUUCUAUCUUACAACAUUUAGCAUACGGUGCUUUCUAUCGCCAAUAACAAAGAGAACAAGGUACAAAUUAAUUUGUUUUCUUCGCAAAAGCCGUUUAUUAAAUGAUUCGGAAUAAAACUCAGUCUGAAAGCGAACCUUUCGUAAAUUUUUUUAUACGUGAAAAGCUCAAGUGAAGUUUUCCGUCCGUUUUACAGAGUGCACUCCCUCACAGCCUUGCCAAGGACUCGGUCCGCGUGCACACUUCAAGGAUUUUGGAACUGCAAUGCUGACUUUAUUUAGGAUAGCAACAGGAGAUAAUUGGAAUGGAAUAUUAGAGGUAAAGGAAACAAAUAAUUUGCAAAUAACACAUUAGUUUCUAAAAAGGUGAUGCGUGUAUCUGACUGAAACAGAGUCAUAUCACUUUCCACUUUGUGUUUAUGAAGCUAAGCAAGCAGGCCCUCAUUAUUAGCAGCGCUUCGGUUAGAGCAUUUCUUCGCCCGCGGGAAAGUAUGAGGAGGAGGCGAGCGGUCUGCAAGGAGUUCAGGGGUCUAUUAGAGCCAGACCCCUGACAAACAUCUCCCCGAUUCGUCUCAAAUUUUUCCGGGGGCAGAAAAAUUAACGCGCGUUCCUGCAGCGCUGACGAUGAGGAACUGCUAGAAAUGUGUAGUGUAAAGGAUAAAAAGGAUUCGGCUGAAUUUAAACACCAGAUUUGCCCAGAACUUAAUUUCUGAAUUAUUUCUCUUUUAAGGACACUUUACGACUGAAUUGUUCCGAGUCUGCAGAAUGUGAAAAGUGCUGUUUUGUUAGCCAUUGCAUAGCGUCGCUGUUCUUUGUGACGUUCGUGCUGGUGGCGCAGUUUGUACUGAUCAACGUUGUCAUAGCUGUUCUUAUGAAGCAUCUGAAAGAAUCUAAGGAAAAGAUUGCGGCAAAUAUGGCCGCUAAGGACUUGGAGAAGAAAUUGAAACUUCUGACUACAACAGCGAAGAAUUUCAUCCUGGCUAAAGCUAAGAGAAAUGAUCUGUCUAUCUCAAGGCGACAUUCCGUAGUACAGCUCGGCUUAGGAGGAAUAGAACUGACUCAGCUCAAACAUUGUACCCCUACCAAAAAUAUUGAUUCGUCUUUUCGCGCAGAGUUUGCCAAGGCCGAUACAAUUUUCCAGGAAUUUUUGCUUUUACAUGAAAAUCUGCAAAAAGUGAAAAUGACGAUCUGCCGCACUGCGUCACACAACAUUGAGGUCACGCCAACUCCUGUCACGCCAUCUCUUCGUCAAAGACGAAAUAGUUUCUGCGGGGUUAGAGAGCUUCACGACUCAAAACCUAAUUUAGCGAAAUUUACUGUAUAUAAAUCUGGAGCCAAGCUUUAACCUUAUACUGGUUUGUAUUUGUAAUGAAGAAAGUGUUACACGCAGGAUAGACUAAAGUUCUUUAACCUUCUCUGUGUAUCACUGUCAAAAAUAAGUUAUUCAUUUUUCGAGGAAAAAAUAUUUAAUUCUUGUCAGGACAAAGAUUAAAUCGCCAAAAAGAUAUCUUAAGAAUGUAUAAUAGAAUUAUAAGGUGAAAAAAAAUUUAAAACACGCUAUUUUUACAAAUUCUUAUGUAACUGAGAGUGUUUUAUUAUUAUAUGUACAUAAAUCGAUAGGCUGUGUAUAUAAUUGGAAUACACAUAAAUAAAGUGACAAGCAGGCUCUUCUAGUUAAGCAACCAGGCCUUUUGUUUUGUUUAGACUCCCUCGAGGAUGACGGGAAUUAGCGAAACAUAUCGUGGGCGUGGCUCAAAUGUCUUCGAUAUUCAACAAAUUUUGGCCUAUUUUCGUACAAAGAAAUUAUCUGGAAUAAUAACGAUUCAUUCGA